GAGUGAGGUGGAGCAUUUGCAUGAUACUGAGCAUGAUUUGCAUGAUAUGGGUGCUGAAUCUGAUUUUCAUGAUAACAAUAAUUUGCAUGAGUUGCAUGUGGAGCCUAGUAGUGAUAAUUUGCAUGAUUAUCAACUUGCUAGAGAUAGGAGUAGAAGGGCUAUCAGGAGAACUGCUGAUAGUAUGCCUGAUUAUGCUUUCAUUGUGCAUGAUACUUCUAUGUUUGCAUUUUCUGUGUUUGAAUCCCUAGAACUGAAUGAACCCAAGACCUACCGUGAAGCCUUAGGUUCCAAAGAGUCUCAGAAAUGGAUUAGUGCCAUGAAAAGUGAGAUGGACUCUUUGAGAGUGAACCAGACUUGGACCCUUGUACCUAGACCCCCCAACUGUUCGGUAGUUGAGUGUAAGUGGUUGUUUAAGGUUAAGGAAGAACCUAGUGAUGUUAGGUUUAAGGCUAGGUUGGUUGCAAAGGGGUUUACUCAAAAAGAGGGGGUAGAUUAUGCAGAAAUCUUUGCUCCUGUUGUUAAAUUCAC